CAAACGACUGGCUGUUCACAGCAGUCAUUCGCUGUUGAACAGCGGCCGUGGCAAGUUCAGACAGCAGGGAGCGUUUAAAAAAACCAGGCCGUGAUACAAAUACAAAAAGCAAAAUAAUAAAAAUUAUACAAAAAAAGUAUGAAUAAUAAAAAAGGCAAAUAAAAAGCAACAAAGUGGAGCGCACCCCAUAAGCAAAUCAUCGCCGAGCCACUCGAACACGUUGCCGCCGUUGUCGCUAUCUCUUUCGCCCAGUGCGUUCGCUCUCUCUCUUUCUGUCUCGUCGCGUAACGUAAGCGUAUUACAAAACAAACGCCAACGUAAUCAAAGAAAUAAAUAAAAUAAAAUAAAGGCGCUCGCUCGCGUGUUUCUCGGUGUGAAUAAAUGAAAUAAAUAAAUUAGUCACAAAAUAUAAAAAGGGGUCCAAGUGCAGCCCCCCCCAAAUUGCCGCACACCCUUUCCGAGAAAGAAAAAAAAAGUUAACCCGUGUGUGCGGCGGGGUUACGUAAAGCCGACGGACAAGCGCCGUUCCAAGUUCUUACAAAACAAAAAAUAAAUAUCAAACAACACAUAACACGAGUGAAUAGAUUCCCCAAUUCGAUUUUUUCGCACGCGUGUGGCUAUAAAUUUUUGGCAAACAAAAAUAUAUACAACUAAAUACAACAACAAAAUUUUAAAUAAAUUGCAAGAAGAAGAGGGAGAAUUUCGUGUGUUAGUGUGUGUGUGUGUGUGUGAUUCUUGAGCAACAGUACACGCCGCACCCCCCGCGAAAAACCUACCCUUUUUUGGGGAAAAACAAGGAGGCGCGGUUCAACAGCGACAGAUGCCUUGCUGCUGCUGCUGUUGUCAAAACUUCUUCUUCAGUUCAACUAAAACAGCCAAAAGCAGAGCACGCAAAAGAUUAAUUGAUGGCAAAUGAAGUGGUGAAAUAUAUAAAAUAAAUUCAAUAAAUUCAAUAAAUCAAGAAGUGAACGAAGGUGAAGUGUAGUGCCGUGAUGCGGAAAAUAGAUAUUGUAUCUGCAAGAUAGAUUAACCCAACUGUUGCAUACGUGACUGCAGGCAGCUACGAAAAUAAAUAAAUAAUAAACAACAAAUCGCGGUGAAUACGAUCGGAUAUAGCCAUCUAUAUAGUGAUGCCUCUGUCGCAGGGCUAUUGCCUGAAGCCCUCGCUGCGGGCGAUGAAGGUGCUCCGCCAGCAGGAGCAGCAGGAUCAGGGUCGCCACAUGCCACCCAGCAGUCCGCUACAGUGUUACCUGCCCCACAACGACAGCCAGAACUCGCUGCACUAUCUGCUCGCCGAAUCCUUUGCCAAGGUGGGCAGUCUACCAGAAGCCUUCGAUGUCUACGAAUUGAUAGCCAGCAGGCAGUUUGAUGGCCAUGUUCCGCUCGAUAAACUCAAUACACUGGCCAGUGCACUGACCACGCACAUCCGGCAAAUGGGCGGCAUUGCCACGCCCACACCCACGCCAACGCCCACUCCAAUGUCCGCAGUGCAUGUGAAGAGCCCCAGAAUAUCGGAGAGACUGGACAUGAUGCCCUGGUCAAGAUACCACCAUCAGGGCAAACAAAACCAGACCGAGCAAGGGGAAUUCCUGCGAGGAGUGGGUGAAUCUAUGGAUGAAGCCGGUGACAGUCCCCUGGACAUGCACUCACCCACGCGAGAACUACGAGUACCGAGUCCGCUGCAAGACUUGGAGGAUUUCGAUCCGCUGAUGUGUCCGCUUUGCGGCGAUAUCCUGCGCUGUCCGGUGACCACCAAUUGUGGUCACACCUUUUGCCGGCAAUGCUGUGAGACGAUCACGCAGUGCAACAUCUGCCAGGUGCGAUUCCCUCGCAUCCAGGCAUCCUCGCCAGGACCGCCAGUCUGCGCUCUAACCACAACCACUGCAAGUGGUGCGGGUUCAAGCCUCAUCACAGCGCCCUCCAACCACAAUGCGAACCUCAGCCUGAUCAGCUUCCCCGUGGGCUAUGGCGUCCAGCUGUCGUCCAGCGUCCAGCGAUUGGCCGCACCACCCAUGACAGUGACCACCACCACAGUGGCUUCCACAACGGCCACGGCCACCACCACCAUGGCGUCCACCUCGGCAGCAGCUGCCCUGGGCUUGAGUGCGUAUCCCUCGGCGCACGGAGGGGGCAGUGGCUCCACUGCCAUGAAGUUCAUGCCGGAUGUUCUGGUGCGCAGACUGGUCGAGAAGUGGUGGGGUCCCGAUCUGCAGGCCAAGAAGAUCAGCGAGAAGGCCAGCAGCUGCAUGCACCUCAAUCUGCUCGACGAUGCCCUCAAGUUUUGCAAUGCCAGCUUGGAAAAAGCGCCAGCAAAUUUCAAGAGUCUCUGCCUGCGUGCCGAAGUUCUUCUAAAACUGAGCCAUUAUCAAAGUUCUCUAGCGGACAUCGAGAAUGCACUGAGAACUCGAUGCACUUCACCCAAGGCCCACUACCUAAGGGCUUUGGCUCUGAGCGGUCUUGGCCGACUGGAGGAGGCUUUGUACAACGGCUUUUUGGCCAUUUGCCUUGACAAGAAAACCAAUCUCAGCAACUCGGAAAUAUUUCAACAUGAUCUCGCCAAGAUUCUCCAACGUCUCCUGGCUCAAUUGCCGAAGAAUCGAACCUCGAUGAGUAGCGCAACGCCACCAGUUUUCCAGCAGCAGCACCGCAACUUUGCCACCUCCCGUGCACCAUAUCCUCUACUUUGGGAGCAGGUGAGGAGGCGCAGGAAACAGCAGCACCACCAGCAUCAUCACCACCAUCACCAUGUCCACUUGGACGAUGUGGAGGAUGAGUUCGGCCACUACAACAACUACAUAAUGGCUGGCGAUGACAUGGAGGAGGAGGUGGAAGUGGAAGUGGAUGGCGGGGAGCCGGGAUCCCUGCAUUUGGAUGGAGACUUCCUGUUCCCCAGUGCCCUGGACUUUAUGGAUCACCAUCGCCAUCAGCGGCACGUCUUCGAGCAGAAGCAGUUCGAUCUGCAGCCCCGCCGCCAUGCCAACCGGAAGCACUGCAAGCGGAAAUGGUCGGUGGCCAUGGAAUCGAUGGGUGGCAAGGACCUUGAGGAGGAGGAUGUGGAUCGGGCGCAUGCGGCUGGCGAGAGUCAGCGGUGCAGUCGACUAUUCGCUGGAGUAUUGGAUCGCACGCAGCAGGAACUGCAGCGACUGAAAAAGCUGGACAAAUCGGCGCCAUCGCUGGCAGUGAGCUCGGUGGCCGGGCAGCUGAUCGAUGCCAGCGACUUUGACUGCGUGGUGUGCAGCCGGACUCUUUGGAAGCCGGUGGUGACCCCGUGCGGACACACGUACUGCCUGGUAUGCUUGGAUCGUUGCAUGGAUUACAACUCCCCGUGUCCAUUGUGCAUGUCACCACUUGUGGAGUUCAAUGUCAAUGCCAGUGCCAGUACCAGUGCCAGUCAGCAUCCGAAUCCGAAUCCGAAUCAGAAUCAGAUCCACCUGCAUCCGGGCUCAUCCUCGCCAGUUCCAUUUGCGCUGGCCAAGCGGCCAGUGACAAAGUUCCUAGAAGCCGCAAUGAAACGAUUCAUUCCAGACCACUACGAGGCGCGAUUCCGUCAGGAGAUCGACCAGGAGCCCUCGGUGCCAGUGUUCAUCUGCACGGCAGCCUUUCCGGCAGUUCCGUGUCCCCUGUUCGUGUGCGAACCCAGAUACCGCCUGAUGGUUCGGAGAGCCGUCGAGUCCGGCGACAAAACAUUCGGCAUUGUGCAGCCGAAUGGCGGGAAGUCACGCUACUACGAUGUGGGCACCAUCCUGGACAUCCGGGACUGCGUUCAGCUGGGCGAUGGCUGUUCCAUUUUGAGUACCAUCGGUUGCAAGCGUUUUAAGAUCCUGGCGCGCAACGAAAAGGAUGGCUAUGAAACGGCCAAGGUGGAGUACAUAUGCGACGAACCCAUUGCCGAUGAGCAGGUGAAGAUCCUGGCUGGAAUGCAGGGCGUCGUCCUGGCCAAGGCCAGUGGAUGGUUCGAAAGUCUGAGCACAGAGCAGAAGCACGAGAUUCUGCAGAGCUUUGGCAAGAUGCCGCCGCUGGAGCCAAAUUGGGAGCUGAUCAGCGAUGGACCGGCGUGGGCGUGGUGGAUCAUAGCCCUGCUGCCUCUCUCCCAGCAACUAAAGGUGGACAUAUUGGCCACUACUUCGCUGGAGAAGCGGUUGCGUGCCAUCGACAAGACACUGGACUGGCUGCACGACCUGAGCCACCCACAACAGCCGGCGCACCACCCAAUGAACCACCACCAGCAGGCGCCACAGUCGCCUCAGCAGGCACAUCAUCUCGAUCUCGACUGCGAGGAGCAGGAGGCCGCUUCUUCCGGUUCCGAUGAGUGUUGCCUCUUUGCGGAAACCGGAAACGAGCCGCACACGGACGAGGAAUUGCUCCUGUAAACCGCCUAGAUGAUCAUCGUAAAAUUAUAAAAUACAUGAAAAUAGAGAGAAAUUAAAAGUCAGAUAUCUGCGAGGAAAACACUCUUUUGUAAAUUCUGUGUCUAAGCCAUUUCGUUUGUAAUCGAACGUUACAUGUUAAUCCUAGGGGCCAAAACCGAAAGCGAAGCAACCUUAGCAGAACCAAAAUUAUCACUAGACCAGCAACAUAAUCCUUAGCUCUAACCAUAACUUUGUCUGUGUAAUGUGUAUUGUAAAUGUGUGUAAACAACUAGAGAGCAAACCAGAGAUAUUUGUUUAAAUCCAAAACGAAGAGAAAAGAAACCCCAAAACACCAGUGAAACAAUCAAAACAUGCUUUUGGCUCAAGCCCUUGCCCAAAUACCCAUAAAUGCUAACUUAAUAUCCCUAGAUCGACUACAACCACAUUCCACAAAUACAAAUCUUGAAAAUACGUUUGCCAUAGCAAAAGUAGCAAAGGAAAGGAAAUAAACAAGAAAUGAAAUGUAAAAUCUCUAACAAGCAAAACUCAUGGUUUCUACAAACAACAUACACAAAUUUUUGACCAUUAAACAAUUUUAAAAUUACUUAUAAAAUACCAAGUCAAAGGCCAAUAAACGUACACCUAGAAUGAAUAUAAAAACAAAGAAAAUCGGAUAGGAAAGAGCCAAGAAAACAAACUCUUACAAAAAGUCAAACUUCUCUUCAUUUACUUUGUAUAAAGCGGCUGGAACUCUAAGACAAUCUGCAAUAUUUUUUUGAUAUACCUAAACGAAACUAAAAACUAUAUAUACAAGAGUAAUUAGACGAAAACUGAACUAGUAACUAGUUAUGAAGAACGUGAAUAGGAGAACUAAUGUGUUAAGAAUUUGAAAUUACCUUUCUGUUGACUAAUACCCUUUCACUACAAACACACUCUGAACUAUGUCCCUCUCUAUAACACCCCUACUCUCUCUUGAUUAUGCUUAGGCUAACUAAAUGAUAUGCUCACCUAUAUGAACCUAUAUAUAAAGUGCUAUACGCUAAAUGCUUAUUUCUGUAUUCGUAUCUGUAUCUUCAGCCCGCAUUCCUAUUGAAGAGAUAGCUUUGAUAUAUCUUUGAAACAUUAGCUAAAACAUCUUUGUCUUUGAUUUCUUCUACUUCUAAGCCGCAUACUCAUUUUGUUUAUUCUUUUUAAUCGUUCAAACUCUCCCUAUAAAGCAAAUCAAUUUUAAAAACAAAAAUUUGCUUUAUCAGUCGGCACAUCUUUGUCUUUGUAAAUAUCUUUUAACGGAUAAUUCAUAAAUUAUAUGUACAUUUUCUACGCUAGCUAUAGAACACGAAUUUAAUUUUCAGCUCAACACAAAAGAAAUAAAUCAACAUUUUUUGUCAACUAAAUAUUUAUGUAAUUUUAUACAAAAUAUACACGUACGUCUAAAUUAAAUCAUCGUGUAUUUAAGUUUAGACACUAAAUACAACCCAAUCCCAAAAUUUGACAUCAUUUUUGUGUCUACUUUAUAUGGAGAAAUUAUUAUAUAAUUCUAUA